AUGGAAGACUUGUCUAUCUAUUGUGAUUCGAACCUUCUUUACAACCAGGAAAAUAUGUCGAACUAUUGCCCUAGUGGAUUUCAUCCGGUUUGCCUGAAUGAUACUUUCAAAGACGGGCGCUACAAGUUACACCAUAACCUAGGUUGGGGUGGCUAUUCCACGGCCUGGCUCGCGAAAGAUAAAAAG